AUGUGGAUUCUUUCUUUCUGGGUAUUCCCCGUCAUCUCAGGAUGCGUGUGGUUAGAGAUCUUCCACGGCUGUAUAUAUACGACGACUAACAAGACUGUAGCCACGUUGAUUGCCAUGCUUGGAGCAUGGGCGGCAGAUGGAAAGCCGCAUUAUUCCACCAUGAGUGCUGGGGAGACUAUUCCGUACAUUUCGCAUAUAGGUGCCGAAGGGAUCAAGCCGCUGUUUAUUGCCGGUAGUGCAGUGACAGUUGUCUUCAUGGAUCUGUCUCUCUUGUCGGAGCGUUGGCUUCGACACGCUGGCCAAUUAGCUAGGAAUAAGGGACGAUUCGACAAAGCCUGUGCCAUUGGAUCUAUUGCGUUCUCUAUCACUGGAGCUCUGGGGUUAAUCUUGCUGUCUAUCUUCGACACGAAACAUCACCAACACGAACACUACGGGUUUUUAAUUAUGUUCAUCGUGAGCUACGUGAUCUGCGCCAUCCUGGUAUGUCUGGAAUACUUGCAAAUCGGCCGAUUCUACCAUCCCCAAGCCCGAAUCUUGCUCGUCAGCUUUGCCAUCAAAGCACUCUUUAUCGUUGGUGAAAUCGGCGUCGCAAUUGGAUUUGGUAAUGUAUCUGCUGUUUUGGAAUGGGUUGCUGCACUUAUCUUCGCUUUCUUUGUCUUUUCCUUUGUUAUUGACUUGCUGCCCUCUGUCCGGACUAAGAAACGUGUUCCCCAGGGCGAAAAGUAUUUGUGGCCUGGUACUAGUACCCCUGGUAGUGUGACGGGGAACCGUCCCAUUGACUUCUAG